AUGUAUGCUAAAGGCAAAGGCAAUAAUUCUACUACUACGCCUCCGGAUAGUCAAGCACGUGAAAAAUUGGCCGGCUAUGUAUACGAGUAUCUAUUCCACACAGGAGCUAAGAAGGCUGCUCAAUCCUUUCUCUCUGAGAUGAGAUGGGAAAAAGCUCUACCUACCGUUGAUCAUCCUGGAUUCUUGGAAUCAUGGUGGUGUGUCUUUUGGGAUUUAUAUUGUGCUGCCCCGGACUUGCGAGAAAACUACGAACAUUCGAACGAAGCAAGGUUUAUGCAAGAUUAUUAUCAUUCUAAUAACGCUCCUGCCGCUUCUCCGUCUAUAAAUAAUCAAUUUUCUGGAAACGAUAUUCAAGCUGGUAUGCCUUCGACAGCGGGCGUGCACGGUUAUUACCCGCAAAUGGGUCCGCACGCGGUAAGGCCACAGCAACAGGUACAUCCGCCACACUCGCAACCCUCGCCUCACCCUACAUCACAAACACAGCAACAAACUCCCAUGCAAGUACAGUAUCCUCCAGGUGGAAUAAUGGGACCAAAUGGACCUUUCCAAAAUCAUCGAGUGGCGCCACGGCCGGCUAUGCCUUCGAGAGGAGUAUCAGCAACACAACACCUUAUGCCAAAUACUAUUAAUCCAACUAGACAACCUCAAGGAAACCGAGUAAUGGUUGCUGGCCCUAGUGGCCCACCAAAUAUUACCACAACUGUUCAGCAAAGAAUGCCACCCCAGCAAAUACAAAUGCAACAGAAUUAUCACAAUACUUCUCAAAUUAGAUCACAUGGCCCUAGUAAUCAAAUGGUGCCAACAACAAUGCAUCUAUCUGCCGGUGGACGCCCUUGGCCACCAACUUCGACUGCCGGGAUGCAUCAAAAUCCUGGAAACAUGUUGCAAGUUCAUGGACAUCCAUCUACUCCUGUACGCCCACCACCUCAUGGAAUGCCACAAGACCCUGCCAAUACCAGUAACGACUCUAUGUAUACAAUGAUAAAGCCUGCUUCUGGAUAUACUAUGAGUAGUGGCGGCCCUGAUGGUAUGUCCUUACCUUCACGGAACGAUUUAAUGCCAGAUCAUCCUGAUGGUCUAUCUAUGCCAAAGGAUGCAACAAAUGAUCCGACAGUCAGCCCUGCACACGAGCUCGACAAUUAUUUACCGUCUCCUUUUCAAACAGAUCAUGAUGAAAAUGCUUCUGCUGAAAUCCUAAAGGUUAAAGAAAGUCUGGAAGAAGAUGCUAAACGAUUUACGAAAGAGCCAGCUGAUUCAGACUACUACAUCCAGUAG